UGAAAAACCUUACAAAUGUGUUCACUGCGCCAAAAGUUUUAAGUGGGCAGGAAGAUUGCUUCAUCAUCUAAAAAUUCACACUAAUGAGCGACCAUACAAAUGUACUCAGUGUGAUAAAUGCUUUAAGCAAUCAACAGGUUUAUAUUCACACUCAAAGACUCACUGUCAGUGGUACCCAUAAGAAACUGUUUAAAUGCCCUCAAUGUGGGAAGUAUUUCUACCAGGCAAGUAAUUUGAAAUGUCACCUAAGAACUCACAGUGGUGAGAAACCCUUUAAAUGUACUCAAUGUGACAAGUGUUUUAAUCGGUCAACCAAUUUGCAACGCCACAUGAUGAUACACAAUGGUACCCAAAAGAAACUGUUUAAAUGCACUCAGUGUGGGAAGUGUUUCUACCAGGCAAGUAAUUUGAAAUCUCAUCUAAGAAUUCACAGUGGUGAGAAACCCUUCAAAUGUACUCAAUGUGACAAAAGCUUUAGUACUGUGGGAAAUAUGAAUACUCAUGUGCGAAUUCACAGUGGUGAGAAACCCUUCAAGUGUACUCAGUGUGACAGAUGUUUUGGCCAGUUAGCCUAUCUUCGACGUCACAUGAUGAUACACAGUGGUGAGAAACCCUUCAGUUGCACUCAAUGUGACAGGUGUUUCAGUCAUUCAGCUGAUUUGCAGCGUCACAUGAUGAUACACAGUGGUGUGAAACCCUUCAAAUGUACUCAAUGCGACAAGUGCUUUAGAACAACUGGAAAUUUGAAUACUCACUUGCGAAUUCACAGUGGCGAGAAACCCUUCAAAUGUACUCAAUGUGACAAGAGCUUUAGAGCUGCGGGACAUUUGAAUAGUCACGUGAGAAUUCACAGUGGCGAGAAACCCUUCAAGUGUAUCCAUUGUGAGAAGUACUUUACUCGCAAGGAAAGUCUUUCGUCUCAUAAUAGAUCAUUUCACAGUGAUUUACCUGGUUAGCCAGUGUAGGAAGAGCUUUAACCAGUGGAUUGAAGAGACACGUGUGUAAGGAGCUUUCUGUAGAAGAUCAGGAGAAAUUCACCUGUUGGAUGUACGGUGAAUUAUGCCACGACUCUUUUGGAACUCUUUAUCGUAUGUACAAUCAUGGAAUGCGAAAAAAGAGUAAACUGGUGAUGUCCUGCUAUAGUAAAACCGUUGGUGCUAUUGAAACGAUUCUGUUUUAAAGUUAAGCAUGCUGAUAAAUCUAGAAUCAAGGUUAUUUGAAAACCAUACUUCAGUGUAUAGCUUAUGUUAGUGUGAUAAAUUUCACGCAACAGAGAGGUUUGUUUAAUCAUAGAGAUUCUGUCAAACUAUGUCAGUCGUGGUGAAAAUUUGUCCUGGUAAAUGAGCCUGGUUGGUAGGCAGGGCACUCCCAUAUGUUGGAAAUUUUAAAAUUAAGUCCAAUCAGGGAGUGCUUUGAGAUGCCACUUCAAACAACCAAAACGUAAAAGCUGCCAUGAUUUUAAUGAUUGCAAAGACAUUACGAUGGUUACGUUUUGAUGACAAGAUCACAAAAUAAGCAAAAUAAGCGCGCAACCCUAAAAGAUACCUUGACAGGAAAAUGUUUGGGUUUUCGUCCUCAACGUCCUAAGAGGGACUAAGUUGGUUAGUUGUUCCCCUAAGAGAGACGACGAACAUUCCGUCCGUUUCAAAUGGGAGUCUCUCCUCCCUCCCUACCACCACGGUUAAACGAGACCGUAAUCCUUUUUAGCCUGACUUGAGAAUUAAUUAUGAAGAGAAGUUUAGUGUUUUUAUUUGGUGAAGAUUGACAGAAACACUGAGUAAAAAAAAUUACAAGGGUGCUCUAUACUAUUUUAGUAUUAAAAAGUCUUUUUAAGUUUAUGGAGCAGGAUUACAGCGUGGAUUUAGGCUUUGUUUUGUUAACGUUAAAUGAUAUUAGAGUUAUAUGAAACCUUCAUUGCAGCAAAUUAUGCUUGGGUUUGUUGAAUCAUUCAGUUCAACAUGCUUAAAAUGUUUCUGCGAAAAGAGGGACGGUCAUUUCAGACCUGAGAGAGUGGAAAUAAUUGACUUGCCCCUAAAACACGUUUUUGUUGGAUGAUAUUACUAAAAACCGCCACCGAUUCCUCCAAUGAAGGCUACGCUAAAUGUCACGUGACACGUCACGUGACCUAUCAGAAGCACUAAUUAUACUUUAAAAUGUUCAGAACACGAUGUCCUGUUACCAAUUAAUCAAAA